AACUAAACUGUUAAAAAACACAUUUUCCAUAGCUACAGGGAGAGUAUUUUUGGAUUUUUUUUUCAAAAAAAAUAAAAAACAGAGCAAAUUUUCUGGCUUGUGUAGCAGACAUCACAGCACCCCGGUAUUUUGUAGAAGCCAAACAGAAAAGAUUGAUACGGAGAGUGAGGAUGCUGAAAUAGGUCUCUUGUACUGUUCGCUGUUCGUAACUUGAUCUUGUUCUUUAUACAGUUAUCUUGUCUGGAAAAUUCUGGGGGAUUAUUUUCUGGGAAAGUUUUAUCGGAAUUCAGUAAAGGAAAACCCAAACAAACCCGCGUUUGUUUGUGUUAGAUGGUGGAUUCUCUUUUUAUUCAUCACCGUCAUAUUCUGAUUAUCCUACCUUGACGUAACGAAAAAAAAAAAAACCUUAAAUAUUCAAUACAAUUUCCAAGUCUUAAUUUUCUUUCUUUAUUCUGCUUCUCCCUUUUUUUUUUCCCCUCAAUUGAUGAAUACCAAUUUUACUUUUCUGGGUAUAUAGCAAACCUCAUAAUAAGGAUUAAGUUCUCGAUCCGAGUCAUCAAGUCAUGAUGAAAUCCCUGGAGUAUUGGAGGAACUAUUUUAGAACGGCUAAUUGUGAUAUUUUCCGUGUUAUCGAUAAUGCGAUAAUUGUUGCAGCUUCGGAUUGUCCCAAAGAAUUUCGGUUGCGUAGAGAUCGAAUUGCAGAGCGUCUGUUUUGUUACAGAUUGACUCGGUGCUCCGCUUGUAAUCGGGUCGAGUUGGCGGUGCCGGCCCAUGAAGGUGAGAACGAUGAUGAUGGGGCUUGCAAGAGAAGAGAUGGUGAUUGUGGCAAUGGUGUUGAUGAUGAUGAUGACGAAGAUAUUGAUAUUGAUGGGUGUGAGUUUCAUGGUGGGGCGCUCAAGGAAAGCAAGGUCAAUAGUCGUAAUAGGGAUGGUAAUGAUUCUGAUAACGGAGAGGUGAAUGUGAAUGAUCACUUGAUGAGUAAUUAUAGUUAUGGAGAGGCUGAGGCCUUGACUGAUGAGAUUGAGGAAGAGUCUCAGGUAGUUGGUGAGGUUUUGAGGAUCAAGGAAAUUCUUCUCAACAGCCGAGAUGAGACUGAUUCUGUGUUGUUUGAAUCGUUAAGAAGGCUUCAAUUGAUGGUUCUGACUGUGGAUACACUUAAGGCAACUGAGAUUGGAAAGGCUGUCAAUGGCCUCCGAAAGCAUGCUUCAAAGCAGAUUCAUCAUCUUGCGCGGUCGCUUAUAGAUGGAUGGAAGGUUUUGGUGGAUGAGUGGUAUAGUGCUACAAAGGCUUUUGGAGGUAGCAACCUACAAAGUGAUGAAGGUACUUCGGAAUCUGUGAAUCCUUCUGUUGUUGAUGAAGAGGAAGGGCUUCCAUCUCCUCCAUUGGAUGAAGGAGCUUUCUUUGCUACACAAACUACUGGGAUAGAGCUGUCAGAGUUCUUUGAUGGCAUGGAUGACUUUGGAAAUCCUCGAAACAGUGGGGAAUUCAUCAAGAACCGUGAAAAUGGACGAAAACAAUCACUGGAGAAUCAGAAUAUCACAAAGGGAAAACAGCAGAUUCCUAAUGAGGCAAUUGUUGUUGCUAAGGACAAUAAGAGUAAACAAAUAAGGAAGAAAGAAGCUGUCCUUAAGCCAAGUGGGCUCUUAAGUGCUGAUCUUGGUCCUGCAAGACCACCAAAACAAAGUGUUGAGAGAAAAGCAAACAGUGACACAAAGGUAAUGCGGAAAACAGAACAGGUUGUCAGCCAGAGAAAGCCUCCAAGUGGUCAACAAGAUAAAUUCAAGUGUUCAGAUGAAGUUGCUGUUCGGAUGAAACUUGAAGCCACCAAAAGGAAACUCCAGGAAUGUUAUCAACAAGCUGAGAAUGCCAAAAGACAGCGGACGAUACAGGUGAUGGAGUUGCAUGAUCUCCCUAAACAGGGGCUUGCAAAAAAGAAUCCAUACAUGAGACCUGGAAGCCGUAACAGGCAUUGGGCACAUGCACAUGGACGGCGGCAACUUUCAUAAUUAUCUGCAAAUUAGGUGUUUACAUUUCCAAGUUUCUUCCUUUCUGAAAGUCAGAGGAAGGAUACUUAAUAACCCUGGGGCAAAGGCAUACCUUGACUUGAUCCAUGUGAAUCAACAAUAAGAACUCCAUACAUUGAUCAUAAUAAAAACAAGACCAUUCUGGAUUACAAGGAAACAAACAUUUGAAACUAUUAGCCUGUGUUGAACACAUUCAAAUGUAUCUGAGGAAAUAGGUCGUGUAGGGUUGUCAGAGCUUGUUGCUUAUGCAUUCUAGAUUGUUGACUUGGUACUGGGAUGAAAUCUCCAUAGGAAAACCUUUGAUUUGAACGUGCCCAUUCUUAUUCGACUGCUUCUCAAUAUUAUUUUUCUCCGUUACACACAGAGAUUAGGGACAUUUACUCAUGAGAAACGUUAUUCAUGAAUUUGCACAGCUUUUCUUUAAAAGAUGAUGUAGCUUACCUGAUUUUAAUGUAUAAAAUUAAACUCUCAUUAUUUUGAUAUAAGAUGACACAAAAUUCAAUUUCA